AUGGAAGAACUUCGUUUUCUCUUUACAGGCACCAUUCCACCCACUACUAAUCCAGCGAAAAACAUUCCACGAAAUUUUACGACAUCAGCGCCAGAAUUAUGCGGCGAAAGUCAACUGUAUCCUCCUGGAAAACUCACAAGCCCUCUUUAUCCCCUUUCAUACCCUCACUACUUGGAUUGCAGUUGGACCAUUUCCAGCACCAAUGGAAGAAAAAUUUUACUACAGUUUACUUCAUUCUUGCUGGAAGGUAGUUACAGUUGUGGAUUUGACUAUUUGGAAGUUUAUGAUGGAGAUUCAGCAAAUACGACGAAACUGGGCAGAUUCUGUGGAAACCAAUUACCAAGAAGCCUGGUAUCAUCUGGACUCAAACUCUUCAUCGUGUUUCACUCGGAUUAUAGCGUGUCAGCACCGGGAUUUGUUCUGAACUAUUCAACACCAUUAGAUGUAAAUGAAUGUUACUUUGGAACACACAACUGCGCUAUUGGAGCGUCAUGUGUCAAUACGAAUGAAUCGUUUUACUGCAUUUGUGAAAACGGUUAUACCGGAGAUGGCGUAACCUGCACAGAUAUCAAUGAAUGUGAACUUGGAAUUGAUAACUGUCAUUCUCAAGCAUCAUGUCGCAAUACCAAUGGGUCGUUCGACUGUUCUUGCAACUUUGGCUUUAGUGGAGAUGGAAUAGCAUGCAACGCGACAAGACCUUCUAAUACAUCUAAUCCAGGCACCAUUCCACCCACUACUAAUCCAGCGAAAAACAUUCCACGAAAUUUUACGACAUCAGCGCCAGAAUUAUGCGGCGAAAGUCAACUGUAUCCUCCUGGAAAACUCACAAGCCCUCUUCAUCCCCUUUCAUACCCUCACUACUUGGAUUGCAGUUGGACGAUUUCCAGCACCAAUGGAAGAAAAAUUUUACUACAGUUUACUUCAUUCUUGCUGGAAGGUAGUUACAGUUGUGGAUUUGACUAUUUGGAAGUUUAUGAUGGAGAUUCAGCAAAUACGACGAAACUGGGCAGAUUCUGUGGAAACCAAUUACCAAGAAGCCUGGUAUCAUCUGGACUCAAACUCUUCAUCGUGUUUCACUCGGAUUAUAGCGUGUCAGCACCGGGAUUUGUUCUGAACUAUUCAACACCAUUAGAUGUAAAUGAAUGUUACUUUGGAACACACAACUGCGCUAUUGGAGCGUCAUGUGUCAAUACGAAUGAAUCGUUUUACUGCAUUUGUGAAAACGGUUAUACCGGAGAUGGCGUAACCUGCACAGAUAUCAAUGAAUGUGAACUUGGAAUUGAUAACUGUCAUUCUCAAGCAUCAUGUCGCAAUACCAAUGGGUCGUUCGACUGUUCUUGCAACUUUGGCUUUAGUGGAGAUGGAAUAGCAUGCAACGCGACAAGACCUUCUAAUACAUCUAAUCCAGGCACCAUUCCACCCACUACUAAUCCAGCGAAAAACAUUCCACGAAAUUUUACGACAUCAGCGCCAGAAUUAUGCGGCGAAAGUCAACUGUAUCCUCCUGGAAAACUCACAAGCCCUCUUUAUCCCCUUUCAUACCCUCACUACUUGGAUUGCAGUUGGACCAUUUCCAGCACCAAUGGAAGAAAAAUUUUACUACAGUUUACUUCAUUCUUGCUGGAAGGUAGUUACAGUUGUGGAUUUGACUAUUUGGAAGUUUAUGAUGGAGAUUCAGCAAAUACGACGAAACUGGGCAGAUUCUGUGGAAACCAAUUACCAAGAAGCCUGGUAUCAUCUGGACUCAAACUCUUCAUCGUGUUUCACUCGGAUUAUAGCGUGUCAGCACCGGGAUUUGUUCUGAACUAUUCAACACCAUUAGAUGUAAAUGAAUGUUACUUUGGAACACACAACUGCGCUAUUGGAGCGUCAUGUGUCAAUACGAAUGAAUCGUUUUACUGCAUUUGUGAAAACGGUUAUACCGGAGAUGGCGUAACCUGCACAGAUAUCAAUGAAUGUGAACUUGGAAUUGAUAACUGUCAUUCUCAAGCAUCAUGUCGCAAUACCAAUGGGUCGUUCGACUGUUCUUGCAACUUUGGCUUUAGUGGAGAUGGAAUAGCAUGCAACGCGACAAGACCUUCUAAUACAUCUAAUCCAGGCACCAUUCCACCCACUACUAAUCCAGCGAAAAACAUUCCACGAAAUUUUACGACAUCAGCGCCAGAAUUAUGCGGCGAAAGUCAACUGUAUCCUCCUGGAAAACUCACAAGCCCUCUUCAUCCCCUUUCAUACCCUCACUACUUGGAUUGCAGUUGGACGAUUUCCAGCACCAAUGGAAGAAAAAUUUUACUACAGUUUACUUCAUUCUUGCUGGAAGGUAGUUACGGUUGUGGAUUUGACUAUUUGGAAGUUUAUGAUGGAGAUUCAGCAAAUACGACGAAACUGGGCAGAUUCUGUGGAAACCAAUUACCAAGAAGCCUGGUAUCAUCUGGACUCAAACUCUUCAUCGUGUUUCACUCGGAUUAUAGCGUGUCAGCACCGGGAUUUGUUCUGAACUAUUCAACACCAUUAGAUGUAAAUGAAUGUUACUUUGGAACACACAACUGCGCUAUUGGAGCGUCAUGUGUCAAUACGAAUGAAUCGUUUUACUGCAUUUGUGAAAACGAUAUCAAUGAAUGUGAACUUGGAAUUGAUAACUGUCAUUCUCAAGCAUCAGUCGCAAUACCAAUGGGUCGUUCGACUGUUCUUGCAACUUUGGCUUUAGUGGAGAUGGAAGCAUGUAAAAUGGCUUCAUACCUAAUUGCUACAAUCAGAUCUAGUCAUAUUGGGCCUCUUUAA